GUGCAACGCGUCAUUUUUGUCGUCCCAAUUUUUAGUGAAUUUUCUCGGAUUUUCAUCAUGGCUGCAAUUGGAUACAUUCCCCAAAACCACGAGUGGUGCCUCCAACAAUUGAUGGAACGUGAACCCGAGAUUUUGAAGCAUUUUCCCGACGUUUUGCCCGAAACUAUUGGACAUGUAUCCGGUGAAGAGGUUCUUCGUCUCUUGUGCGAAGAAAUGGUUCGUUUGGGAUUUGCCAUGUAUCCUGUAAAUCGCGAUUUGGAUGGUUUUAUGUUCCUGGCAACCACAAAAUUGGCCGAAAGAGGCGCCAUUGGAAGUGCUUUUGCCAUUGCGACAGUUACAUUUCUCCAUGAAAAGUCAGAAAGUUUCAUGUUUGAUCACGCAUUUGCAUGGAAGAAGAAAAUUUUGGAAGAUCCGCAAAAGUACGAGAAGGAAAUGAAGAUUUUUGAGCCGAUUUUGAAGAAGAUUCAGAAGAGUGACACACUUUACAAGCCGGUUUUUGAUCAUUUUGACCAGAUUUUGGAUGACAAGUACUUCCAUUUUCUCUGCGAGAAGAAAAUUAAUACGAAGAACGCAACGAUGUUCGUAUGACUUCUUUGGUCAAGCGCUGGCAAACUCGCUACUUUCCAAAUGGCGUCACUCCAUACUUGUACAAACUCCUGCAAAUCGCGAUGCACUUUUUGAACAUGCGUCGUUUCAAGCAAGUCCGUCACCUCUUGGCUGUCGUCGCAGAGCUCAUGAAGACCGUCAACCAAGACACCGAAAUGUUCCGCAAAUUACGUGACAUGUGGUUCAUGAUCAAAACAAUGCACUGGGCCACAAUUUUAGCCAUCAGCGAAUUAAAGGAAGUCCUUUUGAAAUCCCCGAAACUCGCCCCAAAAGUCGAAGAAUUGACCAAAGUUGAAGACAAAGUCAUCGAAUUUGGCAUCCCAUUACCCGACGGAGAAGAUCCCGAACUUCCAAUUGACUUGGUGGCAACAGAUGCAGCCCGUGUCCCAAUUUACACGAAACUCAAGACGUACGAACGUCAUUUGAAGCGUUCGAAACUUCCGCAUGUCGCGGAUUUGUAUCGCAGCGUUUUGAUUUGCGACAUCAACUUUUACGACGCGAACAAUGGAAAUCCAUUCUGCUGCGGAAAACACGGCUGUGGAUCGCGUCACGGACAUUAAAUGAUUUUUUUCUUUGAAAUUCUCGUAAAAUUAUGAGAUUUACUUGAUUAUUGAAUUUUUUUUACCUAACUGUGAAUCAAAAGAGACUUUUUGAGUGUAAUAUUAAUAAAUGGACGAACUUUAAAUUAAUUUAUUUCAAGAAAUGUGAGC